GAGAUGUAUGUUCGAAAUGCUUAUGAGAUCAACAUCAGGAAUAUGCAAAGGAACGCAGGAGGACCUGGACCAGCUGGACCAGCUGGAGCAGCUGGAAGAGCUGGAGCAGCUGGAGCAGCUGGAGCAGCUGGAGGAGGCGGAGUAGGUGGACCAGGUGGAGCAGGUGGAGGAGCUGGAGGAGCAGGGCAAGAAGCAUCUGGACCAGGUGCGUCUGCAUCUGUCGGCCGCAGCACCGCGACUGGGAUGGGACGACGACGACGUGCCAGGGAGCAAGGGGACGAUGACAGACCUCGAAAGCACUUGUCGGGAUCGCGACAGAUUUGCCAGGCUUUGUUGUAUUGUACGGAUCGCAUAGUAGCAGUUGCUCGAAGGGGGAACGAGUUGAUGGAGCGGAUGGUUGCGCUCGAAGAGAGGCGCUUGGAAUUCGAGAUGGCUAAUUCCGCGAGGAUGCUCGACAUUUUUGAGAGGAUGGCAGAAAAACUGUGAUCACACUUAUUCCGCACGCGCGCGAC